AUGUCAAGACCUCCGUCUGCGUCAGAGAAUACCCUGUCGGAACCCUUGGUGACACCUGCUGCGUCUGCCCAACGUGAUUGCUCUGGAGGGCCCGACCUCCGCCACGGCAAGCAGCGACGCCACCACCAUCCCCGGGAUGAGCUCAUACACCAAGAUGUCCAGCAAGCUCCUUCUCCAUCCCGCGCCGAAUCCCCCACGGCUCGUCAAUGGGCCAAACCGGCGUCUUCGUUUCCUCUUAAAAGGACGACGGCCACCUCCCCGGAGAAGCCUGCUCGCCCUAAUCGGUCUCAUAGCCCCCAGUUGUCUGAAAGGGAUAGCAUUUUCGCAACCCAUUAUCUACCUUCUGAUAACGAGUCCAGUGUUACACCGCAACUUCCGCCCGUGAAAGACAUAGAAAAUGAGACCCCGAACCGUUUGACCCUUGAACCGGAAAAUGUGCCUCCUUCUCCCACCAUCAUUUCUUCCAAGGUCCUCCCCCGUGGCAGUCACGUCGACCUCCCCCACAUGGAAGUUGACGUCCGCAGAAACCAUUCCUUGCGUUCUCCGCCAUUGCUUCCGCCGGCAAGCCCUUCUCAUCCUUCCCCCUUCGCCUUGAUCGGCUCGGACGUGAGCCCCGAGAACAGACCCGAAACGGCGGAUGAAAAGUCGCAGAUUCCUGACUGGGAGAGUUUGCAACCCCCUCAUAAAACCAAGUCCGAUGGUGCUGGUGCUAAGCCCACUCUAGAGGGGUCGCUGUCCCGCCGCAGUCUUAUUUCUGCCUCUCUCAGUGAUGCCUCUUUGUCUUCGCAUCAAUCAAUGGUGCCGUCGCUAGAUCACCUUUCUACAGCUAUUGACCGCGAUUCCGCUUCUCACCAUGUGUCAGAACCGGGCUUGAGAGACAAUGUGGCGGAGACGAAAAUGGAGCGAAGCUCCAGCCGAAGCCGGCGUGGUAGGGUAGAUCAUUCCAUCGAGGCGAAUCUGACCAACGCAGAGCCGGCUUCCCAUGUGCGCAGCCGUAAGUCCAGUCAUUACCUGGGGCUCUUCAAGGAGAACACUACGUCGCCGGACCGCAAACGAAGGGAAGAUCGUGGAAGAAGACAUGAUGAGCCAUUGGAAUCGUAUGAUAAGGCCGCUCCGGUUCAUUCAGAGCCUCUCUACAUCCCCGAGCGAUCAGACAUGAAAUUGCAGCUGCCGCCACCACCAGAGGAUUCUGGGCUCCGAAGUUCCAAGAGUCUGUCGCAUCUGUCCCUGACAGAUGUUCCACCCAUCGCUCCUCCGACUUCGGAGAGUUCACCUCCUCAGCUAAGCUCCAUUGAUGAUGUAUACAAGCAUCAACAUAAGACUUUGCCCCGCAGUUUGCUCGAGGAGAUUCGAAACUUCCAUCUGACGCCCGGUGGCGCGCGCGGUACUUCAUUCUCAAAGAGUAUCCCGACUCAGUAUGCCGAAGGAGGCAGAGACUAUCUCACUUCGAAGGGUGGCGCAUCCUUUGGUAGCCUCUCACCUGGCUCGGAUAUGGACCAAGGACGGCGUCGCAGCUCGGCGCAGUUUGAAGAUGAGGAGGAUGAACAGAUUUCCUCUGCCGUAUAUUUUCCUCAUGAACGUGUCACAGUGUCUGAUGAAGUGGAUCGAGUUCAGCCUUUUCCACAAGGCCCACAAGGCGUGGAGCCAUUUGAUGUACCGGCCAAGAGUAGUCACGUUCUAGUGCCAAAGAGACAUAAAGUAUCUGAUGAGCAGGAUGCCCAUUAUGUGGAUAUCUCUCUUCGAUCUAAAAAUGACAGUAAAUACCUGCACGGCGAUCUACCAGACAUACCGGGCCCUUCACUAGAAGAACUAAAUGAAAAGUCUCUUAGUGCCAUCUCAGAACGCAGCGGCGAGUCCUCCACGUGUGAAUCGGAAGCUGCUUCUGCGGAUGAUAGCGGUGGGAUGUCAGUUCAGGAUGAGGAGUCGAGCAUCACGGACGACGCGGAGAUGACGCCAACAGCUACACCAACCCAGCGUCAUCGGUUUCUACGUGUACGCCGCAAGCAUGAUCGAUCGGCCCCCCUCGGCGCAGUAGAACUGAAGCCCUAUCGGCAUCAAGUGGGCGGCCAUACGACCGUCUUCCGCUUCUCAAGGCGCGCUGUAUGCAAACAACUGAACAACCGGGAAAAUGAAUUCUACGAGCGUAUCGAACGCAGGCAUCCCGAAAUGCUGAUGUUCCUGCCAAGGUAUAUCGGUGUUCUCAAUGUGACCUUUUCUAAAACUCCGAAGCGCCAUAAGACCCCACUAGAAGAAGGCAAUGUCGAGCGCAGUGACACGGGGCAUGUCACGAACAACCUCGGUGACCUCCACACUGCUGGAUUGACGCCUGCCAACGGAUCCCGACUGUCGGAAGCCGUAGACCAGCCCCGCAUUGUCAGCCAAAGCCAGGUUACAGGUAUCAUACCUAAAGUGAUCCUCGAGAACAAUCGCCAUAUCAUUCCUGCCGACCUCUUUUCCCGCUGUCAGAGGCCAAAGACUUCUGACGGCACGAUGUCUACUAAACAUCGAGUUUCUCACAGUGUCGGCAAUGUCGCUGAUGACAAGAAUGCUUGGGAUAGUAUCGUAGAUGACGAGGCGUCUGAUCAGUCUCCAAGGAAACCCAUAAUUAGCUGGGGCGCGACCACCGUGAAUAGAAAGCUCCAGGAACAAGUUCUGCGCGAAGUCUUUAGCCCUCCGGCUAUCCAUCAUCACCGACGCCAUGCCCGAGGUCAUCUCACGUUGCCAAGGACGUCUUCAGAUGUUGUUCGGCGGAGGGCUAAUCUUUCUGAGGAUCAAACAGCGAGUAGUCAUCGAGCCGCGCUAGCGCCAACCGAGUCACCGCGGACUGCGGCCAUUGAGAUUACAAAGCUGUCAAAUGACGAACGUGGGCUAUCCUCGUCGGCCUCUACUGCCCUGGACUCCAAUCAAAACCGUCUUCAGAAAGUCCGGACAGAAGAGUCCCCACCGCGUUCUAGUUCGGUCUCUCGGGCUCGCCAGGUUAGACGUCGUCAUUCGGGAAGUGGUUUGCAGCGGCGAAGGAGUAUGACUUCCGGUAAAGAGGGAGGGGAACUCAUGUUUUUCGAAGACGAUGGGUAUGGCGGCGAUAAGGAGGAUGGAAUAUUCUCCAUGGAAGGCGAUGCCUCCAUGCCAUUAACAGACCGCCCCGAUGUGAAUGGGACUCCCUCGCUAGCUCCGAAAAAUGGCGUACAACUGCCGGGCCCACCUGCUAGCAAUGCGCCGUCAAAACAUUCAAUUCGUCUCGAAGGGAAAGAAGACGAUAAUCGCUUUCAACUUCCAAGCAAUCCCAAGGAGGCACAGACACGGAAGGACGAAAGGGUGCAGUUUUUUCUGCUGCUGGAGGAUCUUACGGCUGGCAUGAAUAAACCGUGCGUGCUGGAUCUGAAGAUGGGAACGCGCCAGUACGGCAUGGAAGCCAAUGAGAAGAAGAAGAAGUCCCAGCGACGAAAAUGUCAGUCCACCACAUCUCAGCAGCUUGGCGUCCGGCUCUGUGGCAUGCAGACCUGGAACGUGAAGAAGCAAGAGUAUUCCUUUGAAGACAAAUACUUUGGUCGAGAUCUGAAGUCCGGACGAGAGUUCCAGGAUGCUCUCACCCGGUUCCUCUACGAUGGGGUUAGCUAUACCAGCGUGGCGAGGAAGAUCCCUGUCAUUUUGGACAAGCUUUCUAUGUUGGAAAACAUGAUCCGAAGGCUUAAACGCUACCGCCUUUAUGCUAGCAGUCUUUUGAUUCUCUAUGAUGGCGAACAGGCCAGACCUCUUGAUGACGUUCGCGCAGAGAGUCAACGGGAUCCUUUGCACCAUCGUGCUGUUGACGAUGGUCAUAACAACGCUGAUGUUCAGUUGAAGAUUGUCGACUUCGCCAACUGCGUUACAGGCGAAGAUGAGAUCCCCUCCGACGCGCCUUGCCCCCCAAAACAUCCGGAUGAUAUUGAUCGCGGCUAUCUUCGUGGACUUCGAACGUUGCGAAUGUACUUCCAGCGUAUUGUGAAGGAGGUUAGCCAAGAUGAGUAUAUUGAGCGAGGCGAAGGCGAGGAGGCGAUUGCCCUGGGGUCCCAAGUAUCAGGCCACCAGAAUACAUCAGAUCGAUAUUGGGAUGAGGGAGUAAUGGAAAGUGAUCCGGGCGAAGUCAGCUUCUAA